AUGGUGAGAUAUGUGCUUGCCAGUUUUCCAAGCCCGCAGCUGUGUGGUUCAGUCAUGCUUUCCAAUCUCAAUGUUUGGGAUUUUUCGACGGACAGAUCAGGCUGCCUGUUUCAACAGGUGGUUGUCAACGAACUGGGGUUCUGCAACCGUCGAGCAUCCAGUGCCUCUAGUGGUGAUUGUCUCAAGUCCUUAGAGCAGACGAUGGUUUGCAGCAGUUGUGCAGGAUAUUGGCGACUUUGCAUUCAUAGUGAGGGCAGAUAUAGUACAGUGGCAAAGUUGCACAUAAAUGUAUACACAUCAGUGGGUUCUGUGUCUGGCAUGUUUAAAAUUGCUUGCGAACGCCCUGCCAACUGA